AUGGUACUUACAAAAAUGGUCUUUUUUAUGUCUACAAAUAUGGCUGAUGAAAGGAGUAUUUCCCGUCUUGACCUACGUGAUCGUUAUAGAAGUCAAAGUAUAGAUGGCUCGGAUUUAAUAUCUGAAUUAUCCAUUGUCCGUGCACAAAGGACAUCAAGUGAAUUUGCAUUAUCAUCUGCUCAAAUUAAACACGAGUCGAAAAUAAAAAAUUUAAAAACUGAAAAGGAGAUCAUUGAAUCAGAAAGGAAUAACUUAGCUAACGAGCACAAUUCUUUAAAAAGAAAAUAUCAACUAUUAGAAUUUGAAAGAAGCCAAGAUCAGUCAAAAAUGAAAAGUUUUCAACGUAACCUUGAUGAUCGUAUAAAUUCUAUUAUUCAGUCAUCCAGUAGCUUUGGAUCAUCAUUGACUUUAGAAACUGAACGUUUAAGAGAUGAAGUACUUAAUUAUGAAAAAAAAUUUACCGAUUUACAAAUUGCUCAUUCUCAACUUCAAAUACGAGUCAAAGAAUUAGAAGCUUUACUAGAUUUACGUUCACAGCGAUUAAAAGAAUUAGAAAUGUAUGUAGAAGAAAAAUCAAGUGAAUUGAAAGAAGUAUCCGAAUUAAAAGCAACAGUUUCCAAGUUAACUUCAGAGAAAACAAUCUUAGAAGAACGUAUACUAUUAGAAUCGAAUCGUACUAAAAUGCCAGAAGAACGUGCUAAAUGGCUUAUUACUAAUGAAGAAAAUUCAGAAUUACAUAAUCAAGUGGAAAUUUUAAAAAAAUGGCGUGAAAGAGCAUUAAUUGCUGAGAAUACCCUACUUGAAAAAGAAACAUUCAUGAAUAGUAUAAUAUCAAAAAAUAGUUCACCUUUAUCAGAUAAUCAUUCAUCUAUAUCAACUAUAAGAAGAUUAGAACGUGAAAAUGAAGUUUUAUUAGCAGAACAAGGUGAAAUCAAUGCAAAAAACAAAGAAUUAUUAAUCAUUUUAAAAGAAACUCAAAAUGAUCAAACUCAAUUAAAUAAUCAUUUACAAAGUAUUCUAUGUAAAUUGAAUGAUUUAAAACAAAUAUGUAAAAGAGGUAAUCAAAUUGUUCAACUUUUAACGAAGGAACAUAAUUUAUGUCAAAAUUUAUUCAAUAGUUAUAUAUUACGUGAGAAUGAUACCUUCAAUAUUCCAUUAGAAUACCAAAAGUCAAUGUCUAAUUUCAAUGAAUUAUUCAAUGAUUUCAAUGAAUAUUAUAAUGAAUGUACAAUUUGUUUAAAUAAUUUAUUCAAGUUAACAGAAAAGUUAAAUAAAACAAAUGAUUCAUAUACUGAUUCACCAUUAUUAAAUUCUUCAACAUAUGAAGAAGAUAGAGAGUUGGUGAAAAAAUUACGACAUCAAAUGACUGAAUUAGAAGAGAAUAUUGAAACAUUACAAACGAAAAAUAAGGAAUUAGUUGAUCAAUUAGAGAUAUAUAAUAUGCAGGAUUUAUCAAAUGAAAUUACUGAAUUACGUUUGUUAACUGAGCGUCAACGCCAACGUAUUCAAGUUUUAGAAGAACGUAUUAUACAUUUAUCAGAGAAACGUGAUUGUCAAAAUCAAAAUAACGAUGUAACUAUGGAAUUAGAUAUUACUAAUACUGUAGAAAAUCGUAUACGUUCCAAUCCUGAUCCAUUAACAGAACUUGCAGAAGUCAAAGAAGAACUUCGUGUUGAACGUUUACGUAGUGAUCGUUUAAUGGAAUUAUUUGAUAAAGCAAAAAUGACAUUUCGUACAUCAUAUCGUGAUCUAUUAGGUUAUCGAAUUAAUAUUCAAUCAUGUGGAGAUUGUCAAGUUUGUCCAGUGUUUACUACAAAUAAAGAAGAUAAUUUAUAUUUUAAAAAAAUAGAUGGAAAAUUUGAAUUAGUUGAAAAUAAAUUUACUAAAUCAUUACCAGAUAAUAUUUAUCAUUAUUUAAAUGUAAAUCAUUCUAUUCCAGGUUUUUUAGCUUCAAUCACUUUAUACUACUUACAACAGAAUACACUUUUAAUAUAA